AAAAAAAUAUAAAAUGAUACUACGAAGAGAAUCGCGCUCAUUCAUUAUAUUUGAAAAGUAUGUAUAUCUCGAAAAGUUAACAAAGGAAAUUCUUGUAUCAAAUCCUACAGUAUUCAUAGAUAUUAUAACAAUGGGUUGAGUAGACGUUAUUAAGGAGAUGAGAAUGUGUUUUAAGAACUUGAUUUCUUACAUACAGUUUUCCUAUUUUUUUUCCUCGGGGGAGGGAAGUUGGUUAUAGAGUCACUCAUCAUUCACAAAGGAUGAAAGCUUUCUAAUGAGACUUUAAAUCAUAUAUAAAUUUUCAGCACGCAUAUAGAAACGGUUUAUUACUGAAGCUAAUUACAGUAAGUCAAUUUACAGGAUAUGUUGUGUAACUACAAAUUGCUCAAGAAGGCAUGAGGAUUGGUAUUUGCAAGUGAAAAGUGGUAUGAAUUCUGGUUUAUGAAAAGUAUUAUUUUUUUUAAAAAUUGGGACUUUGAUCUUAUAUACCUUUCAGCAGACGAUUUUGCUGUUAAGCAAACCUCAGAUGUCACCAGUAAGUAACCUUCAUGCCGAUACACAACAUUGAAUUCUACUUUUGGAUAAGAGUUAUUCUCUGAAAAGUUCAUUCUUUUAAAAGGAGCGAAAAUAAAAGCCGAAAAUCGUUUGGUGAUGAUUUUUUAGCAUAAAAUCAUAUGGACCUCUAGCAACUACCUUUUCUAUCUAGAUUCCAAUUCCCUACUGUUGUAUCCACCCAAGCAGAUACCUCGUAGAGUUCAUUUGAAAAUAGAAAAGGAUUUUUGAAUAAAAGCAACAAAUGAGGAAUAGUUGAUUGGUAACGGUUUGGAUACAUGGAAACUUGAUUCUUGACUACUUGAUUAAUGUCCAACACGUACUUUGCUUUGCAAACAGAAGAAAAACUCAAACAAAACUUGGUUUAUAAACCGCUUCCUACUUGGAAACGAUACGAUUGCGUCAAUAUAAACUAUACGUAUCCCAGCUUUCAAUCCUCAAAAGGUUUAAAUUUUUUCCAAGCGCAGAAAUGGUCACCCGGCGGUAGAAGUGUACUAGCAUUAACAGAAAAUCAAAAACUGACGAAUUGGCCAGUUACUUCAAGGGACCCUGAUACGGAUGACCAGGCUUUUAUAUUUGACAAUGAUAAGAAAAAGACUAUAACUCCUUCGGAAUGCGUAUAUAGUUUCGCAUGGCAUCCUUUUCAGAAUAACGACGAGCAAGAUUCUGAUUUGUUUGUAUAUUCCACAAAAGACUAUCCUAUACAACUCUACAGUCUUGCAAAGCAACAAAGGAUAUCCUCAUUUUACAUAGUUGACCAUCGUGAAAAGUUUACUGGCUCACAUUGUAUGGUAUUCACCACCGAUGGUGAAUAUUUGGUAGCUGGUGGAACAGACAAUGUGUACUUAUUCAAUGUUCGUCAAGGACAGAAGUCUCCUGUCUCUAAAACUACAACCAAUGGACAUGGUUUUUCGACCUUGGAACCUACGCUUGAAGGAGUUCAGUCAAGCAUAUGCCUUAAUCCUCAAAAUCCUCGGAUGCUGGCCUUGGGGACUUUUAAUAAUACUGUUGGCAUUUAUGACAACUAUGGGAGCAGACCAUGUCAACUCAAAUUUUCAUUGGCGACUGGUACCGGAGUUACACAUAUGAAAUGGUCGCCGGAUGGCUGUAAGUUGUAUGUGGGCAGUCGAAAAAGUACAAGCAUUGAAGUUUGGGACACACGUUACGCGCAGGAUAUGCUAUAUGAAAUUAAAGAUCACGGUGGUGACACCAACCAAAGGAUAUCAUUUGAUACUUUUGGGUAUGAAGGACUCAUAAGUGGCGGAACGGACGGCUAUGUCUCAAUUUGGCAGGGAAAUGAACUCGUUGAGAAAGUAAACGUAACAGAUCAAAGAAACAUAACAGUGGCAGCCAUUGAAAAGAAUCCUUGUGAUUCUUCUUUAAUUACUCUUUGUUAUGGCAGAAGAUUUGAUUAUAUGGAUGAUGAAGACGGAUUUUCUUCAAUGGAAUAUUGGAAUGCUCCAUUUUCUUCUCUUCAACUCUGGAAGAUGAACAAUGCAGUUCCAUAAAAGGCAAUUGAGAUCAUUAUAUCUUUUCAAAAAUUAUUUACACAAUGAAGAUCCUGAAACGAUUACUCAUAUUUACCAUUUAUCUAGAAAUUGGAUAGAUAAACUGAAAGUUUCAUCCUGCAAAAUAUUUUCGCCUAAAAUGAAUAGAGGAUCAAAAUCUAUUCGUUGAAGCAAAUACAGCUUUUGAACAACACCAAGUGAAACUCUUAGAGCUAUAGAAUGUUUAGUUUUGAAACUUCAGUCAACUACCUAUGUAUAUAUAUUGUGAAUGUCACUUUUAAUAGAUUUUAUGGUAUAUGUACAACGGACAAACUAACCAAAUUUGU